GCAGGCGAUAGCACCCUAUCUGCCUCCGCAACGCCUUUGCGCGCCGGCUCCGAGUUAUUUCUGGCCAGGCGGCAGCACUGUGGUCUGUUGCUGUAGACUCAGGCAGGCUCUCGGGCCAACGCCUCUCCAGAACGAAGCGGGCCACCAUCCUCUCACCAUGGGCUCCCGGCCGCGCGGGGCGCUGAGCCUGCUGCUUCUGCUGCUAGCGCCGCCCAGCCGCCCAGCCUCUGGCUGUCCCGCGCCAUGCAGCUGCGCAGGGACGCUCGUGGACUGUGGGCGCCGUGGGCUGACCUGGGCCUCGCUGCCAGCUGCCUUCCCUCCCGACACCACCGAAUUGGUGCUGACCGGCAACAACCUGACGGCGCUGCCGCCCGGGCUGCUGGACGCGCUGCCUGCGCUGCGCGCGGCGCACCUGGGGGCCAACCCGUGGCGCUGUGACUGCCGCCUCUUGCCGCUGCGCGCCUGGCUGGCCGGCCGCCCGGAGCGCGCACCCUACCGCGACCUGCGCUGUGUCGCGCCCCCGGCGCUGAGCGGCCGCCUGCUGCCCUACGUGACGGAGGAUGAGCUGCGGGCAGCGUGUGCGCCCGGCCUACUCUGCUGGGGAGCUCUGGUGGCUCAGCUAGCGCUGCUGGUCCUUGGGCUGCUACACGCGCUGCUGCUGGCACUCCUACUGGGUCGCCUGCGAAGGCUGCGGGCGCGCGCGCGGGCGCGUUCCAUCCGCGCGUUCUCGCUCACAGCCCCGCUGGUGGCCGAGUCCUAAGAAAGGACGGGCGCCGAGAAACAAUGACCUGCAAACUUUAAGGUCCCUUCUGGAGGACCCCCACGUUCUCUUGGAUCGGCCUUGGCCUCUACCCUUGCCCAACCUCCCAGACCCAAGCUCUGCAAGCCUGAAUCCACUUGGUGCCAAACCGAUGCCAGUACUACCAGAGUGAAGCAACCUUGAGUCUUCGGAGCCUAGAGUGGUGGAGCGGCCCAGUCUGCUGCCAGACUCCGCACUGAAUAAACCUUUCUCCUCUUCA